AUGCGCGCGCUCGUGGCCAGCGGCACUGAGUCAACUGUCGCACCUCCGCUUGCAGAGCACCUGCCUAGUCCAAGAUGGACGGCAGGCACUCGAGGCGUGGUUGGCAGUCACCGAUCGAGUGUGUACCGAAGCGGCUCGAGGGGCCCGGAGUUCUUUCCAAUCAGUGAAGAGAGCCAGUGUUGCCCCGAGGAGGAAAGCGGUGUUUCGAGUGCCUCACGCCGCGAUCCCGACCUGAACAUGUACGACUUGAACAUUAACCCGGACCUUUCGCAGUCAGACUUCUCCGAGAGGGACGUGAACAACAGGCUUCAGAAGGGUGCCUCGAAAUGCAGCACGCCGAGCAAGCGGAGUGAGAAUCGCUUUGACCCAGCAAGAGCGCGGAAGCUGGCAAAAGCUGCCAUGACUUUGCGCGAGUCACCGCUGGAGAGUGAGAUUCCCAACAUCGGAGUCGGAGGGGCUUUGGAGCAGCCUGGCGCUGAGCUAAGGAACUUGGCAGACAAUUUGGCAGACAUUUUGCCCAUGAGGAGAAGCAGCCUCACCAGUCGGCACAACACCGUCAUUCCGAACUUACAAGCCGGACGCAAGACCGUGCAGGUUUUGCCGAACUCGGUGUCAGGUGCUUGGCGCAGACAAGCUAAAGUUCUGGCCGCGCAAAUGAGAGAGGAGAUGGCCGAGGAGGUGAAGAUGGCGAAAAACAACAUGUCCUUUCGUGGAGGCCUGUGGUGGUUGCGUCAACUGGCAAGGUGCAUCAGCCUCAUCGCCGUCACUCUAACACUUGCUGCAUUCAGCUUCAGCUUCUACUGGGAGGGCUCCGAUGUUUUUAUCGCAAGAAACCUACUGGACGCAGCCGUGGUUGCAAGUGCGCUCCCCAGGAUUCAAUACAUGCAAGAGCUGUGUGCCGAGGAUGUUUCCUUCGAAGGCAUGGCCCAGGAGUGGAACACCAUCCAAAUCUUCGUGAGAACGUUGUGUGACGGAUGCUCGUAUUCCUUGGCUCUCCAAGUUGGCAUGAUUCCAGUUAUGGCUGCCAGCACCAUCUUCCGGAUAUUGUGGAGCGAUAGCAACCUUGUGGACAUGCUGUUCAGCCUGCUACCAUUUCUUGCAACGUCGCUGAUGCCAUUUCAUGCCCUGGUGACGGCGGCGAGCACGACUCAGCAGUGCGAACAGUCGCCACAAGUGGCCAACUCUAUGCUUGUCAGCGAAUGGGACAACUCCAUGUCACAGGAUCUUUUGGCCUUCAUGUCGCGCUGCGACAUCGGUUUUUUCAUCAAUGAUUUACGGGUGACGCCCGCAGCAGUCAUGAAGAGCACCUAUGUCCUGGUGGGAGUCCUGGUGACCAUCGAGGUGAAGCCGGAUGACCUCGACGACACCGAGCGCUUGCCGAAGGAGUCCGAGGCAUGGCCUCAGCUUUUCCCACCGGCCAACACCAGCGCGCAGGUGCGCCACGACGCGGAGAAAGCCGCCGCUGUGGCCAUGCAGGCUGGGGACUUCACCGGCGCGAUCAAUGUGUACACAGAGGCCAUGAGAAGUGGGGGCUCCAAUCCGCAGAUGCUCUGCACCCGCUCGGCGCUCCUGCUGAAGAUGAAGCGGCCCUGUGCAGCGAUCCGGGACUGCACUGCAGCAUUGAAAAUCAACAACCACAUGGUGAAGGCAUACCGCCUUCGCGGCAUGGCGCAUCGUCGUCUCGGACACUGGAAAAAGGCGUACCGGGACUUGACGGAGGCGCAGCACCUCAAGUUUGACCCGGACACGUCAGACAUGCACAAGCUCGUGGCGGGCAAGUUGGGUGUCACACCCACGGGCCCGAAGGGUAGGGAGGACUCUCCAAAGAAGCGGAGCAAGGCUCGAGAGGCGUAG